AUGGCCUCAAUGCAACGUCGUUUUAGAGUUCAAAACAAGAACAUCUUCCUCACAUAUCCCAGAUGUUCUGUACCUAAAGAGAGAUUGUUAGAGAAAAUUAGAGAGUUGUUCACUAACAGGCCACCAAAUUAUGUGAGGGUUGCACAUGAAUUACACGAAGAUGGUGAACCACAUCUACAUGCUCUUGUCCAAUUUCCAUACCGUUUUCAGACACAGGAUGAACGGUUCUUCGACGUUACUGACGAUCACACUAAUCGCCAUUUCCAUCCAAAUAUACAAGGGGCCAAUAACCAUCAGGUUGUGCUGGAAUACAUCUCCAAAUAUGGAGACUACACGGAAUGGGGUGAAUUCUGUGAGAGGGGUCGCUGCGUUAACAGGGAAAACAAAGAAAAUGUAUAUCACGAAGCUCUUGCAGCCGGAAGUAAACAAGAAGCACUGGUGGCACUGGUAAGAAAUGGCGAUCCAAAAUGUUUCUGGUUAAAUUAUGACAAGUUGUCAUCCAAUUACGACAGGAUUUCAUUUACCCCACCAUUGCCGUAUGUUCAUCAAUUUACAGAUACAGUAUGGAUCGUUCCAACGGCCAUACAGCAAUGGGUUGCAGAAAAUAUAAGCGACGAAACCCAAAGGCCACAGAGGCCCAAGAGAAUUAUAAUUAAAGGCCCCAUCUAG